UUUUCCUUCCAGAUGUCACAGUGGAUCCUUGGCCUCCAGGGCCCAUUAAAAUGAGAAUAAGAUCUCUGGGCUGGCUGGAACUAGCCUAAGACUGAAAAGCAGCCAUGGAUAUGGCAGAGGAGCUACUCAAUGGGAGCCACGCGUGGCUGUCCCCUCCACUGGACUUCAACGGCUCGGUGGUGGCAGCCAACAGUUCAAACCAGACAGAGCCGUACUAUGACUUGACAAGCAAUGCAGUCCUCACCUUCAUAUAUUUUGUGGUCUGCAUCAUUGGGUUGUGUGGCAACACGCUUGUCAUUUACGUCAUCCUCCGCUACGCCAAAAUGAAGACCAUCACCAACAUUUACAUCCUCAACCUGGCCAUUGCAGAUGAGCUCUUCAUGCUGGGUCUGCCCUUCUUGGCUAUGCAGGUGGCUCUGGUCCACUGGCCCUUUGGCAAGGCCAUCUGCCGGGUGGUCAUGACUGUGGACGGCAUCAAUCAGUUCACCAGCAUCUUCUGCUUGACGGUCAUGAGCAUCGACCGGUACCUGGCCGUGGUUCACCCCAUCAAGUCGGCCAAGUGGAGGAGACCCCGGACAGCCAAGAUGGUCAACGUGGCUGUGUGGGGGGUCUCUCUGCUAGUCAUCUUGCCUAUCAUGAUAUAUGCCGGGCUUCGGAGCAACCAGUGGGGGAGAAGCAGCUGCACCAUCAACUGGCCAGGUGAAUCUGGGGCAUGGUACACAGGGUUCAUUAUCUAUGCUUUUAUCUUGGGGUUCCUGGUACCCCUCACCAUCAUUUGUCUUUGCUACCUGUUCAUCAUCAUCAAGGUGAAGUCCUCUGGAAUCCGAGUGGGUUCCUCCAAGAGGAAAAAGUCUGAGAAGAAGGUCACCCGAAUGGUGUCCAUCGUGGUGGCCGUCUUCAUUUUCUGCUGGCUCCCCUUCUACAUAUUCAACGUGUCCUCCGUCUCCGUGGCCAUCAGUCCUACCCCGGCCCUUAAAGGCAUGUUUGACUUUGUGGUGGUCCUCACCUAUGCCAACAGCUGUGCCAACCCUAUCCUAUAUGCCUUCUUGUCUGACAACUUCAAGAAGAGCUUCCAGAAUGUCCUCUGCUUGGUCAAGGUGAGCGGCACAGAGGACGGGGAACGGAGUGACAGUAAGCAGGACAAAUCCCGGCUGAAUGAGACCACGGAGACCCAGAGGACCCUCCUCAAUGGAGACCUCCAAACCACUAUCUGAACUGCCUGGGGAAAAACAAAAAACCAGCCAAGUUCUGCCCACUGGCAGUGGCUCCCCCUCCAGACCCCACCGCAUCCCCUUCCCUCCUCCCGCCUGUCACACCUGGCUUCUAGAAUAGGGAUUGCUCAGCAUGAGUCCAACGCAGAGAACUGUGUUUGAGGCGGCUUGCCUGACUGAGUGACAAUGUGUUAAAUUGUUUACCACCCCCUUAAAGUGAACAUUUAAAUGCAGGCAGACAAUUCAAAGUCUGGAGAAGGGGAGAUCAUGCCUGGGUGUGAUCUUUAGAAA